CCGAUUUCAAAUCGGAACGUCUGGACUUCUGACCUGAAGGCCGUCUUUUAAUAUUUGCUCAUCCCUCAACAUCAGCAAACUUGUAUUGGGGUUUGAAUACGACUAGAGGAUGAUCCUCCCGUCUGCCGCCGAGUAUUCCAAAAGCUUUUGGGCAAACAACAACAAAGAACUCUCCCUCCGGCGUUACCGGCCCCACCUCUCGGGCCAGGAUCCGCUAAUCUCCACCUUUCGACCACCCUCCGACCAUGUCGAGCACCAACAUGGCGUCUGUAAAGAGCAGUGGCAUCGUAAAAGCAAAGUCUGGAUCGAAAGCAGACACCAGCUUCCGUAAACGUAAAAGCCAUACCAAAUCCCGUAGCGGGUGCGUCAACUGCAAACUCCGCCACAUCAAGUGUGACGAAUCAAAGCCGAUAUGCAACAACUGCACCAGCUUCCGUGUAUCGUGCACAUAUGACCGCACCCUCAAGUCAUCCGAGGCACUCGCUCUUCAGCCAUGGUCAGAGCAGGUGUUUCCGUUGGUCAACGUCAGAGAGACUCAUCUAACAUAUGCAUCUCUCGCCAGCUUGUCGCUGAACCGUCAGGUGUUGACCAUGCUCAACGACCACAUUCGGGAAUCCGAUCCGCAGGCUGUGAAGAAUGGCUUUCUGUUCAAGGAUCAGCAUUUGAGAUAUCUGAAUCAGUUCCAUGAGAAGACCAUCUUGUCGCUCAAGAUGAACCACAAACUGGAUCUGUACCGCAGGGAGAGUGUCAGAUUGGCCAUUCGGGAACCCUUCCUCCUCCACCUCGUCCUCGCCGUAACCCUCAUGCACGAACGCCUCGCCGCCUCCCCCCUCACCACCGAGUCCCCUUCCAUCCAAGAGCUCUACCACCACGCCACUGGCUCCUCCCAGCUCAACCAGCUUCUAUCCAGCCACCCCUCCCAACUCAGCCGCGUGCAAAAAGACGCCAUGUUCAUGGGCACCAUCCUCCUCGCCUGCACCUCCUUCGCCCAGCUCGACGCCUCCCUCCCCCUAGCCUCCCACUGGCCCUUCGUCUCCUCCCCUCACGACCUCGACUGGCUCAAGAUCUGCUCGGGAAAGCGCGUCGUCCAAAAGCUAGCCGAUACUCACGCUGCUGAUUCCGCGCUGAGGGAUAUCUCCUACGAGUUUGUCCUUUCCGGUCCCGCCGCGAGGGUAGAACUCCUUCCCGAGGAAGACGCGAUUGCCCGGCUGCCGGAGCCGUUGAGGAGGCUGUUGAGGUUGGAUCACGCGGGUGUGUCGGCCAAGACGAACGCGUAUUAUGACGCUGGGGUGGUGGUGGGGAGGGUUCUGCCGUUGGAGAUAAGCGAGGAUAACCUGCUUGUGUCUUUGGUGCUGGUAAGUUUUCUGCCGGUCAGGUUCAGGGAGAUGCUGGAGGAAAAGGACGCAAAGGCGCUGCUGUUGUUUGCGUGGUAUCAUGCCAAGAUUGGGCAGUUUGGGAGGUGGUGGAUUUGGAGGAGGGCGGUGACUGAGGGGAGGGCUAUUUUGGCUUAUUUGGAGAGGUACUAUGGGGGAACGGUGGGUGGGGAUGAGGAGCUGUUGGGGUAUCCGAAGAAGUGGUGUGGGAUGGAGGUGAUGGUGAAUGAGGGGAUGACUUGAUUGGUUGUGCAGUAUUUUUGUGCUGUUGGGAAGAAGGAGGACAGGUUCAUGCUAGAGCUGUAUGUAGGUAUGCUUCAAGAAGCGCUCUGAAGCACCGCCUUGCCGAACCUAUUAUCUAGUGAUAACACGAUGCAUAGGUACCUACCUGUCUUAUCUCGGUAGGUAGGUAUAUGUGGUUACACUACUACUGUUGAAAUAUGUAGAGAUGAGGCAAAUUGAGAGUGGUGGAUGAAUAAGGUGCCUGGUAGGUAGGUAGGUAGCUACCAGGUAAUCUGAAAGCCAAGAGACCAUGUUCCCCCAUGCCAAAGCUUUGGCAGAGAUUAUCAACGACUUCAAACAACACCCGAUUCCCUGCUGCUUCGAGCUCCCAAUAUGAUGACAGCUUGCCUCAGGGUUAAUGUCCGUCAUCUUCCCUGGGCGCUGGAGAUGUCGACAAAGAAAUCCCCCAACCCUUCAAACCGCCAAGACGGGAC